UCAAUUAAGUAGAGGAAGAAUUGGAGGCGAGAGAGAGAGAGAGAGAGAGAGAGACAUGACACUCAUAGCUCAUGAUGCCACAUCAUUCCUUCCCCAUCACUUUGGUAGAGUAAACAUGGCUUUUGAGCUAUAAAACCAUCCCCAUCUCUCAAAGUCUCACUUGCACUUCCCUACCUUUUCUUGCACCUGAAGCCUAUUCCACAGCCUUACUCGCUGCUCUCCCUUUAAACUCGCAAGUAGACCGGAACUUGAGCUUAGGGGAGCGCAGGGCGUUGAGAGGCUUCCAUGAGCUCCGGGUGCAGGUCGUCUCUCAGCUGCGUGGACGCACGUGUGCCUGUGAGAGCAACCUAUGUGAACCUCUACAAGUGGCCGGAGUCCGACGCCGAGUUCGUGAAGUCAGUGACCAGAGGAGGUGGUGAUGGAGGAGGAGGAGGAGGAGGAAGAGUCGACGACCGCGUGGGCAGCACCAGCUUUGAUGGGAGGAGGAGGUGGAGUGCAGGACCGACGGUGGUCGAUAGCUACUCAUGCAGGCAGAUUUAUCUGAGGAGCUACACUUUUUCGAGGAAGGAGAGUGUCCCCGAGAAGACACUGCGGUGCCUCGGAAGAGUCAAGGAGAGAGCCGCUGUGUUCCCUUUCCUCCAACAGAAGAAUGAAGACGCUGCUGGAAGUAUUGACGGUGAUACCAGUAGUAAGAAGAACAUCGAUAAGAGGAAGACGAAGACGAAGACCAAAAGGAAGAAGAAGAAGAAGAAAAAGGCUUGCGUGACAGCGAGGAAGCUGCGCGAGAUGUCCUACUCCACCCUUUGUUUCAUCUUCCAUCGUCUCCUUUCCUGCACUUCCAGCGUCGAUGUGGUGGAUCGAGGGUGACAUGCAUCACGGAGUGGACGAGCGUCCUCUUUAUUCUGCAUCUCGUAUGCCUAUUCUUCUCGAGCACUGGUGUUUCUCCUUGUGCUUUGUUCUCUCGAUAAGCAGAUAAUUAAGUUAUCUGUAGUUCGUCUAUGUAUCCAUCCUGUGAAGUUACAUGUGAGAGGUGUACAGGCUAUCGCUGGGUCCUUCUCUCCAUUAGUUUGAUGCAUGUUUUCUUCUCGUCUUCCUCCUCAAACUUGUUGAUUCAAAUAAAGAAGCACUUCAAGUUUGGGACUGCUAUUACAUUACUGAUCCAUGUUUUGAUAUCCAAUUCAUAAUUUAGAACAGUGAAAA